CGUGCGCGCCGGCGAGAGAGGGAGGACAGAGAGAGGAGCUGCGGAUGGGCAGUAGGAGGGCUAGCGCGUUAGAUGUAGAUGCCGAUAAUAGCCGACAUCAGCACUGGCUCUGAGACGGAGGGAGCGCACCGGCACAGCGGAGAAGUGCCUGCAGAGAGAGGGAGAGAGAGAGAGAGAGUGAGAGAGAACGAGUUGAUAGAUAAGAAGAAGCGUGCUUGAGAAGAGAGAAGACAAGAGACUGCCACAGUGGAUGUGGAAACCAGGACAGAAGGAUUCUGAAAAAGACUGAACACUAAAAAGAAUACAGAAAGAGAAAAGACAGAGAGAGAGGAGAGCAAGCUGACUUCAAGACAGACUCCAGAGCCAGAGAUAAGGAGGACACCAGCACACGUUACUCAGAGAAAGAAACAAGAGAAAAGAGAGAGAGAAGCAGUGAAGUGAAGGGAGGAGAACGGGAAGAGAAGUUGGAAGCUGCUGCCUGCCUGCCUGCCUGCCUUGCUUGCCUGCUUUUCCCCCCACUCUUGUUCCGCACCCUUGCUCUGCUGAGAUCAGCGCAGGCAGGGAGAGAGGAAUGAGAGAAGCCAGCAGCUGACCUCCACACUCGUUUACCCAGGGGGGGUCUUUGCUGCUUUGGCCGGCCCGCCCGACGGACAGAGACAGAGGGAGAAGGAGAAGGAGAGAGAGAGGAACACAGGACACAGGGAGGGUGUGUGUGUGACAGAGAGAGAGAGAGAGAAAGAGAGAAGGAGAGGAGGACAGAAAGGGGAGAAGGCAGGAGGUGGAAGACACACUGCUGAAACUUCCCCCCUCAGACACCGGAGUAGACCGCUGGCCGUUGGAGCUGAUCUUCACACGCGCUCGCUCACACACACCACCACGAGCGCACACAGACACUCACACACACACACACACUCACACGCGCACAUAUAUGUCCUCAGUCUCUUUCACUAACGCAGAGCCUGAGACAGCUGAUUAUUCCUUGUGUGUGAGGAGGUGAGAGAACGAGAAGGAAAAGUGUGUGAAUGUGAGAGAAGGGGAACAGGAACAGGAGGACUUCUUCUUCAUCCGGUCUCUUGGAGAGUACCCAUCAUCUUUUUUCGUGUCUUGUGCAUUUCUAAUUAUUGGUGGGUUUGUUCUUUUUUUUUUCCUUGUUGGUUUCCUUGCUGGUUUUUUCCUUCUUUUCCUCCUCUUUUUGUGAUUGAUAUAGAACCUUUUUUUGCUCACGUGGGGUUUCGUGGCUUAUUUUUUCCGUAUAUAUCCGUAUAUCUCGGAAGGGUUUUCUUAUGAUUCGAAUUUCCCGCCACGCGACAUGGUGGAGGGUGCAGCAAUAGUCGCCUUCGCCGCCGCAGCCGCCGAGUUCUUCCCUCGCGCCGCCGCCGCCGUCGCCCCCAGGCAUGGAGAAGUCAAGUAGCGAGGAGUCCGCCAUCCACCGCAGUCCCUCCCUCGACAGCCACGACUCGGAGUUUGCCCGCGCUUCCGCCGCCACCGGGGGCAAGCGCUUCGGCGGCCGAGGUUUCACCGCCGGGGCCUUUUACGGCUCCACGGGCCCCCGUGCAGGGGCCGCCACUGGUACCACUACCACUACUACCGGCACCGCUGCUGGGGCCGCCACAGGGGCCGCCGGCUGUGCCACCUCGGGCGACGGGGCCAACGUCGGUGGCAUCACCACAGCCCCGCUCGGAGACAAGGCCGCCGCCGCAGCGGAGAACAAGUACAAGGCGCCCAAGGGCAGCAAAUACGUGGUGUUUUACCUGGACCUAUCCUUUGUGUUCCUCCUAGAGUUCAAGAAGUGCAACAUGGCGCGCGGUUGCCUGUGCUGUCUCAAGUACAUGAUGUUCCUCUUCAACCUCAUCUUCUGGUUGUGUGGCUGCGGGCUGCUGGGCGUGGGCAUCUGGCUGUCGGUGUCGCAGGGCAGCUUCGCCACCUUCUCGCCCUCCUUCCCCUCGCUGUCGGCCGCCAACCUGGUCAUCUUCAUCGGGGCCAUCGUCAUGGUGACGGGCUUCCUGGGCUGCCUGGGCGCCAUCAAGGAAAACAAGUGCCUGCUCCUCAGCUUUUUUAUUGUCUUGCUGGUGAUCCUGCUGGCGGAGCUCAUAUUGCUCACCCUGUUCUUCGUCUACUCUGACAAGGUCAGUGAGAACGCGAAGCAGGAUCUGAAAGAUGGCCUGGCCCUCUACAACACCAAUAACAACAUUGGCCUGAGGAACGCCUGGAACAUCAUCCAGGCAGAGUGGAAGUGCUGUGGCGUGACGGGCUACACAGACUGGCACGAGGCGCUGAAGGAGAAGGUGGUGCCCGACCGCUGCUGCCAGGAGCACUACCAGGAGUGCGGCCGCAACGCCACCAACAUGUUCUGGAACCGGGGCUGCUAUGAGAAGGUGGAGGAGUGGCUGGAUGACAAUAAGAAUAUGCUCUGGAUGAUCGCCAUGGUCAUACUAGUGGUACAGCUCCUGGGAAUGGCCUUCUCCAUGACGCUGUUCCAGCAGAUCCAUCGGACGGGGAAGAAGUACGACGCCUAACAGGCCAGGCCCCGCCCCGACACUCCCCAUCCAUCCAAACAAGCAACCAACCACUACCAGCUACUACCAACCCCUCAUCUCUACAUCCAUAUCCACGCCCCUGCAGCCCUGGCCCCAAGCCACACACAGCCCUCCACAAACCCUGAGGAAUUCUGGGAUGGAACUCUGGAGGAAAGUGUCAUAAGAGCUCAUCGUCUGAACCACCCCCUACCCCCACCACCCCCUCUCCCAAUGUCAUAUGGGCCCUUGUAACUUUGCUCAACAUGUAACUGCCCCCCUACCUGAGUCAAACAACAGUCAACCCCCAAAACUUGCAGCUCAGCCACCUACCUGGGAGGAUGGACAGGACACCCACCCGGCGGCCCUCCUCAAAACACCUCCUCCUCCUCCUCCUCCUCUUCCUCCACCUCCUCCAUCGAUCGGCCCGCUCCUCUCCUCACUUCACUUCUCGUUUGCCAAAGAGAGAGACACAAGAGAGCAGAGGAGAGGAGCGCCGGGCCUUCUGUCACGGGAGGUGCACAGGAGGGGGGGAGGGGUUGGCUACUGCUGCCUCCUCACAUUUAUUACUUACUAUUCCCCACCACUGCCAACACACUCCUGACCCCAUCUCAAACACACACACGCACCCACGCACACACACACACACACUCAAACAAACACACACACACACACACACACGCACACACACACACACACACACACACACACACACACACACACACACACACACACACACACACACACACACACACACACACCCUCUUCUUUCGCUUUGGACUAACUGUUUGCAGAAGGAGGGGAGGACAAACAAAACAAACAACAACAACAAAAACAUCCCAAAAAAAAAACUUUUAUUCUGAAACUGGGACAGCCUCUACCAGAUUUACGAAGACACUCACACACUCAAGCGAAAUGAAAAACACACACUUUGCCGCUGCCCCGAUCUUCAACUCCAACCUCCCCUUUCUUUUUUUUGACAAAAGGCAAAGGAAUGACAUUAUAAAAGAAGAUGAAGAAAAAACGAAAUGAAAUGAAACGAAAUGAGAUGAAGAGACACAAACUCAUGUUGUUCGGGGGGCCCCUCAAUGCCUAUUGUGGCUUUGUACGUACAUGUAGCUAAAUGUUAACAGCAACCCCCAGUCUCCUCAUAGCCCUCCUCACCCCCCGCCCCCCCUCGCUUCCCCCAGUGUAAAUGAAUAGAGCCCUAUUUCCUCUUAGCAUGCUACAGUUUUCUACUCCCUGGAUUCAAUUUUUUGUUCCAUGUUAAGUGACAUUCAUUUGCUCUUGAUUUUAUUAUUAUUAUUAUUAUUAUUAUUAUUAUUAUUAUUAUUUGGUUUUCCUGACCUGAACAGCUGACCUGAUGCCCAUUUCCCACCGCCUCCAGCCCUCCCAUCCAUCCAUACCUGUGUGUGCUUUUCUUUUUUAAGAACUUUCUGUUUAGGUCUGUGCGCCAGUGGAGGCAUUGGGUUUAUGGCUCAUUCUUUUGAAACUCGGCUGUCGGUAGACCCGAGUGUGUUCUCCCAACAUCCGUUGUAAAUGCGUUCUGUUGCAACAGUUGGUGACAACAAUACGCAUGUCAAAAACACCAAUGUUAAAGAACUCGUGUUUGUACACCGAGCUACUCCGAGUUUGUGUUUCGGAACCCCGAUUUGAGUACCCAUUCUAUUGCACUUUCCUGAUGUGGAGGUCUGGGUUUUCGACAAACGAGUUUCAAAAGAAUGCACCAUUAUAAAUGCUGUGUUGAUGUUGGUGUUGUGGUUGUGGCCUUGGGAUUGGGAAUGACAAACAGGCCAGUGCUGUGGAUGGAUCCCAGUGCCAAGAUCACCUCACCCAGAUCUGGCCCAGAUCCGUAUCCUAUAGUCAGUCCAGCCAGCCAGCAUGUGGGGGUGGUGUGCCGUGAGUGAGGGAGUGGAUUGUGGUGGAGGGUGGAGAGAGAGGUGUGUGGUCAUGGUGGACCUGGAUAUGGACAUGCCGUGCAGUGCAGGGUGGUGUGAGCAACUGCAGGAAGGAGUUGUGUGUGUGUGCGUGCGUGUGUUUUGUGUGUAAAGUGCAUAAGGCAUGUGUUGUGAUAAAACACAGAGAGCCACACUCGGUGUCUGUCCAAAAAAAAAGUAAAAUCAAAAUUUGAACAGUAUAACAACUGCGCAAUUUCACCUCAACUCCCACAGUCCCAUCGCUCGCUCAAUGUUAAUUCCAAUUCUCCCGCAUCAUCAAGCUGAAUAUUCCAUGGCAUGCUGUCCUAGUUGCACCGUUGGGGAAUGAAGAGCCGUCAUGAUACGGGGCUAGAAUCUAAGGUGGUUGGGAGACAGCCAGGUGUGAGACAGAUCCACAGGCCUCUGGAGGGCAGACAGACAUCUGCAUGUGUCGCCACUCUGCUUGUCAGCUGGUGCAUCCAACAGAUGGAACUGCACUGGAGGACCGGAGUCAUGCUGGGACAUUUUGGGACAUUUAAACUUUUCCAAAGCCCAGCCACCAAGCCAUGGGUUGGUCAGUGAAAUGAAAAACAUGUUCAGUUUGUGUUCAGAUAUACAUUUUGAAGUGCCCUGGAGAUCAUUUUGGGCAGGCAGGCAGGCUGCGAUAGAAUCAUUCUCAGUCUCUGAGAGGAGUGACCACCCAUUGCCAUAGCCUUGGCCGUAGCCAGUAGUGUAGUCAUCAGUCAUCUUCAAGUGUCAGUAAGGGUAUCAGAACGGAAAGGCCGUUGAUUGUUGUUGUUCUCUCUCUGGGGUCCAACUAUUCAACACUUCUCCUCUCAACACAAUGUCUAAUGUUGUUGCGUUAAUCGUGCAGAUGAAAAGUAAUGACAACCUUUCAGUGGGCAACACUGAGGUAUUAUCUCUUGCCAGAACGUACUGUGGGUGAUGUCCAGGGCACUAAAAUUAACUUUAUUUCAUCACCAGCCAAAAUGGCGAAAAUACGUUAAUCUCACUAGCUAAACACAUACUCAUGAAUGGGUCAAAGUGGCUAGUAAGUUGGUCUUUUCUACCAGCCGCCAAACAUACAUUUCACCAGCAUUUGGCUGGUUGGCUGGUGUUCAUUUCAAGCCCUGGUGAUGUCUGUGUCAGCAGUGUUGUGGAGGGUCAGCCUGAACCUCUUGUCUAUCUCUGCCAGGGCCCGGCGUGGAUCUCUGGAUCACAGCCACCCGCGUCUGAUGAGAGCAGCAGAAACAAACACGAAAUGAAAGACUAUAGCCUAUCCAGCUCACCUCAUCUCAUCUCAUCUUGUCGAGUCAUUAUUGCACCCCAGACGACAGCACGCAGUACAGGCAUAUAACGUACUGUAUUCCCCCACACACACAUCUACACCGCGCACAUUCCCUUGCUGACACACAGUUUAAGCAGCUGCUUGCUCAUCAUAGCACCUGCACUACAAUAGGACAGGUGGGGGGAAGGCCUGAUUGCUUGCUGGUGUUCAUUAUCCACAGUGGAAUGGCUGUGGAAUAAAUUGAGCCUGACGACUGUUGGUUUGCGGUUCAUCGGUGGAGAUAACGGGUGGGUUGUUGGUUGGGGUUUUUCUUCCUUAAAGAUUUCCUUUUCCUUUUUUUCCAACCUCGGGACCAGGAUGUACGUAGCUAUGCUCUUAGCACUUUGUGCUGUAAACUAAAGGAUGGAGUGAUACAGAGAUGGAGUGAGGGAGGAGUGCAAGAGACUGUGAUAGAUAGGGUUAUAGAGUGCUACUUCGUGAUAUGUUGCUGAAGUAAACCAGAAAAAGGAAAAGUAGUGUGGAUAAAAAAAGAAAAAACAAAAUCAGCUUACCAAGGCACAUCUUCCCAACUCUUCUCAGACAGCCAGCCGCCCCUCUCCUCUCACACAGACGCAGCCACAUAAAGAUAGCCACACACACACAUACUCACAAUAAAACAGGCACAAACACACAUAAAAAUACACAAUAAACGUCCCACAAUUCCUCAGUGGGCAUUGCGGUGGUUUAUAACCUACUGGGGAGGAAAGCACUGUGGAAUCAAGAGCUUAUUUCUCGCCAGUGUGUCCUGGGGUGACCACACACACACAGACAUACACACACACACACACACACACACACACACACACACACACACACACACACACACACACACACACACACACACACACACACACACACGUGUGAUUCCCGGAAUACAUCUGCAGGCUACACUGCAGGCUACCCAUCAUGCACCACAUACAGCCCUCAGCCUCACUAGACUUUCCAAGUCCAGCGAAUGGCCCAUUAGCGCUUGGCGAACAUUUGCUUUGUAUUUAGUGUGAAAUGGGUGUUUAGAGUGGAGUGCCGCGAUGCAUAACAGCCCCCCAAACACACAUCACACGUGACAAUUGUUUGACGAGGAGUUGAUUUUCAUUAGUGUUAAAUUCUCUCCUCUAAACAAUGCCAUAAAGCGGGAGCAGAUGGAGGGAAAAACAAAUUUGUUUCCUGCUCGCUUCGCCUCGCUUCGGGUAGCAGAUGUUUGAGCUGACACGGUUGUUUAUUGGCGUGCUAGUUUCCUGACCCAAGCGAGCGGCGGUAUACAGAUAGCCUACUUCACUUCCUCAUCUGAGCUGCAACAAGCAGGAUUGCUGACAAGAGUGCUGGGAUAUCAUAUCGGGCUAUUGUGGACCAGUUAUGCACUGCUAACAAGAGAAACAACAAGUUAUCCUUUGAGAUGAAUUCUCAGACAGAUGAAGGGCACCUGUUCGAUACAAUGCACCUGGCAAAGCCAGAACACAGUUGGAUUUCCCAACAUCCUAGCUACUCUUUCAUUGAUUGAUCCAUGAACCAGCAUGGCAUUGUUACUCUGACAUCUUUCCACUAUUCCUUUUAAAGUACACCCAUUCACCGCAAAGCCUCCUCCAUGUGCCCACCUCCACUGGUUAACAUGUUUCAUUCAUGAUCUGUAUUGAACCAAUACUGUCUAUAAUCAUUUAUAUUAACAGUGCAGGAAAAAAAGUCAAGAUGCAAAAUGCAAACUGCUUGUCACUUUAACACAAGUGUUACAUUAUGUUACCUUUUUGAAACUUGUUUUUUGUAAAUUGGUUGUUAUCGUUUUGUUUCAUUUGUUCUGUUUCCUUGUCUGUUUUUAUACAUCACAAAUCUUUUUGUCCAUGUUUAACUGUGCAGCUUUUUUUCAUUUGCCGCUUUGUCUGAUCCAAAACGACGCUGUUUGGGACUCCGGUGUUUGUUAGCUCGUUUGCUAAUGUAAUAACUCUGCGUUAGCUAAAGUGUUACCCAUCUGUGCUGCCAUGUGUGGUUCGCUAUCAACCGCUAACAGUGUGAACGAUGGAUGAACGGUUUAGAACCAGACCUUCACAAAACUUUUCACUGGAACGUCAAAUGGAAAACGCAGAGAACGAACGAUGGCGCUAUGCAUUGUCCUCCUAGCUUACUGUCAUGUCGUCACGGAGACACAGGCAUAUGGUGGCCAUCUGCUGCGGAAAGACAGGCAAGAGGGAUUCGUAAGGAGCUAUGUAAUCAGCACUGGACAGUCGUGACUUUCCGAGUCCUUCAGCUUUGUGCUUCUUACACAAUACUCCUGUCACCUCCCCUCUCUCUUCAAGCACCACAGGGCGCACACAUACAGACAGACGUUAAAUACACAGAAGUAAGUAGCUCACAGAUAUACAUGCAGUACAUAUAGGCCUAGGCCUGCAUAAAAAUGUAGGUCUGGGUAUAAAACUUGGUCCAAAUGUCCUGUAAUAUGUUUCACAGAAACUAACAGCUGUGAGGGAUGUUACCAUGACAACAUUCUCUCCGUUUCAUUUUUUUCUGUUUGAGAAAAUCUAUCAUAACAUGCAGGAAACUGUUUAUUUUCUAUUCACUUUUUGUUGUCUGGCCACUAAUUGCUUAUCUUAUAGAUUUAUUUUUUGUUUUGGUUGUUGAUUUGUUUCCUUUUUUCGUAUUGUUUAUUUUGAAGAGCGAUGUAAAGUUCAGUUAUGUACAUGUUGUUGUAUGUUAGUACUGUAUUUUAAUUUUAAGAAAAAAAGAAAUCACUCUUGCCGACUGGUGGCGAGAGAGAUGUGUUUUGAAUUUGGUACGUAUAUACCUUCUUCCACCUGAAUCACCCUGACAAGCCCAAAUUAAAACACACACACACACACACCAACAAACACACACAAUCUCUCUCCUUCAGAUAAAUGCCUAGUUCCAAAUCAUCCCCCCUCGUCCCUCUGCCUCCUCAUACAGUGUCUGCCUGGGAGAUGUGGCUCUCUCUCUCUCUGAUAAGGCACUCAUCAUCAGAGAAAUGGAGUACAGGGGGAAAACAUGCCUUGUUUAUCGGCCUCUUGUGACUCGCUUGUGUUUUCAUAACAAAUAUUUCGAUUCGCCGCUUGUCUCACCACCCCUCGGAGUGAGUGUUUUGUGUGAGUGUGAAUACGUAUGCUGUGCGGUGCAGCAUGUUAUGGAUGUCCAAACACCCGCCCCCAAAUGGGUGUCAAAGUGUGAUUGUGUGUUUGAUUGUCGAGUGCCGUGUGUGUUGACGGUGGGUGGCAGACAGUUGGAUUUUAUCUGAAAUUAUUGUCAAACCUAAACUUGUCCUGUGGAGUUUAUUUUUUUCCAUUAUUUUAUUUUAUUUUAUUAUUAUUUUAUUUUUUGGGCUACAUGUAAAAGCACUCUAAGUAUCUAUAAUAGUGGUGCACCAAAAUCUCAUUCUUUAAAAUCCUAUUUUUUAAAUAAAGGUAAAAGUGUGUUGCUA